ACUGACGAUCUCUGAAUGGCUCUUCCGGAUAUACCAUUUUUAGCAUCGUCCUUCGAUAUAGCCUCGGGUUGAAUCUCACAGACUCAAUGUUACUAUUAACGGUGAAGACUUUGAGUGGCACGGUGAGUUGGGGGCGGAUGAAGAAGAUAGAGUUUCGGUGAUGGGGAGUAGUAUAAAGGGAGGGUUUCCAUCGAUAUGUUGUCUUUUGUUCAUCAGAUCACAACUUACAACUUCAACUCACACUCCAACUCUAUUCUCAUUCUUCAACCGUCAAAAUGGUCAACUUCAUCACCUCCUUCACUCUCCUCCUCACCGCUGCCUCCCCGGCCCUCGCAGCUCCUCAGCCUCUUGAGGCCCGCGAUGACACCAGCUGCAUGGACAACCUCCCAGGAAACACCUUGGCCAACGUCAACGAAGCAGUUGAGUGCAUCAACUACCUUGCCAGCCUCGGUGAUCAAGCUUGUGUAGCCGGUGUCUCCGGCCAGUCUUUCUGCAGACGUGGAAACACUCAGAUCACUGGUCUUGCUGUUGGACUUAACAGUGACCAAACUUCUUCUUCUCCUUGCCGUGAUGUUGCUCGAGGUGCUGGACUUGUCAUGGAUCGCUGCACACGAGCCGAUGGCAAGGUUCGAGGACAGAACCCUGCUUGGGGCAAUGGACACCUCAUGGUUGAUAUCCGCAAUGUUCCUCAGUAAGGUAUCGACCAGUGCGUCUCAACUUCAAUGACAUACAUGGACGGCUCGAGUGGAGUAGCUUCUCGUACAUACUAGAAUACAUCAUAUGAUUAUCUCCC